UUCUCUAAUUUUACUUCACUUUCCAAAAAUUGCAGUUCUUCCUCUCGCAAUAUCUCCCGACCAAGAAACAACCUCCACAAUCUUUUUCGCAAAUUGUAAAAAAGCUGCCUUUGCACUACAUAUGGCCCUAAGAUCUAGGAUCGAUCUGAUAACAACCGACACUCUUGAUUGGACAUGUAAAGUCCAGAUUGUCGACAUUAGUCGAGAGAGAAAAAGCCCUGAGAAGCAAAUCCUAUUUCAAAAUCACCUUUUAGAAGAUGAAGAGGGCCAACAAAUUAAGGUUGUUGUGAAUGGAGAUGACAUUGCAUAUUAUGCAGACAAGUUGGUUCUCCUCAGCUCCUACCUGAUCUCGACUGCAUGGGUAAAGGAUUUGCCAAAAUCAUAUGCUCGACCAAUACAUACAUAUUACUGGAUACUUGAUAAGGAAACAAUAGUUGAAUGUAUCAACCCCAACGACAAGAUUGAGAAGACUUUGCCACCGCCGACUAAGCUGAAUCUCACACCUUUAGCCACUGUUGCUCAACUGACACCCACUCCCUCUGCAGAAUUGAUAUUCUAGGAGUUGUUAUCCGUUGUGGCUCUGAGAAAUAUGUAGGUUGCACUCAAAAUAGGUGUCGAGACAUCACCAUAGCUGACGAUCAGUAAGUAUACCUUCUACAUGAGAUAGUGAAGAUUCUACUUUACAGUACUUGCGCUUUUAUAAUAGAUUCCGAAACAAAUGGUAAUUACU